CAUAUGUUGUGUUUAAGGUUAUGUGGCCGGGACUAGUAUCGAGUACAAAGAUAUUAACCAAAACGUUGAGCAGCAACUUCGUGACUGAUUUCCCCACAAGUCCGGAAUCUUUCCUUCAUCUUCCAACUUUAGAUCCGGAACAUGUCAACAUAACACAAAACUACAAUAUUUUCGUUAGUACGUGGAAUGUUGGAGGUGUAGCUCCCACAGGAGACUUAAAUAUUGAUGAUUUGUUGGAUACACACAAUACUCGUUGUGAUAUAUAUGUUCUUGGGUUUCAAGAAGUGGUUCCUCUAACAACUCCAAAUGUUCUUGGAUUGGCGAAGAAGAAAGUUUCGAAGAAGUGGAAUUCUUUGAUCAGAAAAACUCUAAACAAGAAAUCAAGAAUGAGCUCUAAGGUUACCAAACCAAAUACUGAGAGUAGCGAUGAGUUCCGCUGUCUUGUCAGCAAACGAAUGGUUGGUUUGCUAAUAUCGGUUUGGCUUCGUAAUGAUCUUUAUCAACUUGUACAAAACCCAAAUGUUUCAUGCGUUGGUUGUGGCAUCAUGGGUCGCUUAGGAAACAAGGGUUCAGUUUCGGUUCGGUUUCAUUUGGGCGACACAAGCUUCUGUUUCGUAUGUAGUCAUCUUGCAUCGGGAGGGGGAGAAGGUGACGGAGAGAUUAGAAACUCGAACGCGAUUGAGAUAUUUUCACGUACAAGUUUCCCAACAACAAAUGGCCGGUCUUCAUUUCACCUACCCAAAAGGAUUCUUGACCAUGAUCGAGUGGUGCUUUUUGGAGACUUGAACUACCGGAUUUCGUUGCCAGACAAGGAAGCAAGGUCAUUGGUAAAUAUGAAUGACUGGAAUACGCUUAUAAAAAACGAUCAGUUGCGAUCGGAGAUCAUAGAUGGUCAAUUUCGAGCUUGGAAAGAAGGAGCAAUCAACUUUCCUCCGACCUACAAGUAUUUUCCCAAUUCCGAUGAAUAUUUUGAAAAGGAUUACGAAACAAAACGUUCUCCUGCAUGGUGUGAUAGGAUAAUAUGGACGGGAGAUGACUUGAAACAAAUUCUAUAUAACAGAAGUGAAUCCAAGUUGUCGGAUCAUAGACCGGUGAAGGCCAUAUUCUCUGCCCGAUGCAAAGUUUAGCAAUUGGGAUACAAAAACUCUAGUAUUUCAGACGAGUUUGGUCAGUUUCGAGCGGGUUAGAACUCCUAUUGUGAGAGAUAAAAUAUUCAACUAUAUGUGGCUAAUUAAACCUUAUAAAAGGGGUUGGCUUGCUUAUAAAUAAAGCCAAUCGAGUUGUAGAUAUUUUUGUAACAUAUUAAUGUUUGUAGACUCCUAUGAUAUUUUGGCCCCAAGUCAUGUUUGAUUGGAUAGAUGUUAAUGAAAAAAACCUUAAACUA